CUCGGCCGUGAUCUCCCGACUGCAUUUCUCCAGAAUUUCAGGUUCUUGUGGUUCAUAACAGACCAACUCAGCAAUGCCAAAGUCCAAGAAAAGUGGCCGCAAAGGUAAAGGCGCACUGAACAACUCUCCGCGCGCUCCGGCUCUGAACGGGGCGGAGAUGGCACGAACGACGCCAUCAGACCGGCACGGUCUGGAUGGAAACAGCAGAAGCCCGCGGGACCAGCCGACCGACAACACACCGCCGGGCCGUGGCGCUGGGGUCGGGGCGGGGAGAGGCAUCGGGAACGGGGCGAGGCUACCUGGAAACAGCAGAAGCCCGCGGGACCAGCCGACCGACAACACACCGCCGGGCCGUGGCGCUGGGGUCGGGGCGGGGAGAGGCAUCGGGAACGGGGCGAGGCUACCUGGAAACAGCAGAAGCCCGCGGGACCAGCCGAACGACAACCAUGGCCGUAAACCGACCAUUGACGACAUGUGGAAGAUUCUACAUCAGGUAACUAAAGAGGUCAGGACACUCUCCAAAAAUGUCCAGGACAGUCAGGAGGAGAACAGGGAGAGUACCAGACAGCUAAUGGAUAUGCUCACUCAGCAGAACCAGAACCAGAACCAGACUCACCCUCGAGUCGUCCCUCCUUCUCCCAGAACCCCCAAACCCUCUAAAGAACUGGUACGUGAGGCAAAGCGAAUCUACAAGGCACUGGGGGAGGACAUGACCUACCGUGGGGAUCAAAAGUUCAUGGAAGGCCAACACAACCAGGAGGUGACCAGGCGCAUCACUCAGGCCAUCAAGGAUGGUGAUGUCCCAUACCCCGACAGAGCCAUAAGAAGGGCAUGCAGGAACAUACAGUACAACAUACGGCGGGCAGAGAAGAGUGAGAGGGAUGGGACGUCUGCGGAACAACAUGACAAGACCAAGCGGGUCAACAGACGGACUAGGAUGAAGGAGCUCAGGGUCAAGGUCGGCCAGGACAUCCUGAGUCCAGCAUCCCUGAAGUACCUGAGCGACGCCAAGCCUGACCUCAUGUCGGAUGAGGAAACGGACGAAGAGCAGGAGAAAACAUGGGUGGUCAGGCGUCCAUCCUGGCGGGCAAAGCGACUCACCGAUAUCAUUGACAGAUGCCAGCCAGGGGUGGAAGCCGUGAUCAGAAAGAACCCCCAAUCUAGAUACAAAAGGAUUCGCUCUACCGAGCCUAGUAAAAGAGAUGUGCCAGACAUACACUUUGUAGGGAAGGAAUACCUAGACGUUGGGCAGGGGGGUGAGGCACAGGAGGAGAAUGAUGUACAGGGAGAGAGUGGGGUUCAGGGAGAGAGUGGGGUGAGUGGGGUACAGGAAGAGAGUGAUGUACAGGGAGAGAGUGGGGUUCAGGGAGAGAGUGGGGUGAGUGGGGUACAGGAAGAGAGUGAGGUAUCGGAGGAAAGUGAGGUGUCAGAGGAAAGUGAGGUGUCAGACUCAGAGGAAAGUGAGGUGUCAGACUCAGAGGAAAGUGAGGUGUCAGAGGGAAGUGACUGGUCAGUAGGCGGAGAGUAUGAAAUGGAAGAUGGAAUACGUCCAUUUGAAAAUGAGGAGAAUGAAGAGGCUAGUGGCUGAUUGAGAUGAUGUUAUAUGUAGUUAAAUUGCAUCAGUGGCAAUGUAUAGACAACGAAAGGUUCAACAAUGCUAGAGUAGGUAACAAAGUGACAUACUGUGACAUACAUUAGAUUGUACAAGUAGUAUAUCAUAUCAUCAAUCACAUUGUAUUUUCUCUUUUUGUUCUUUUCUGUAGUUUCAAUCACUUAGUAUUUGGUUUUGAAUAAAGGUUUAUCAUUCAUACA